GAAUAUAUAUAGCGCUUCUUAUACACCGCCUGAGAAAUAGGGUUUGAUCGACGAUGACAGAAAAGAGAAAGAAACGUGAAUCGUCGGAGGAGGCAACGUCGUCUCCUCCGAUUCUCCCUUCAGACCUCAUCAUGCAAAUCCUUUCAUGGCUUCCAGUAAAGCUUCUCAUCAGAUUCACUUCCGUUUCCAAACACUGGAAAUCACUCAUCCUCGACCCAAACUUUGCAAAACUCCACCUUCAAAAAUCUCCCAAAAACACACACAUGAUACUCACCGCACUCGAUGACGAGGAUGAUACUUGGGUCGUAACUCCAUACCCAGUGCGUAGUUUAUUACUCGAACAAUCAUCUUUCUCAGAUGAAGAGUGUUGCUGUUUUGAUUAUCACUCUUAUUUUAUAGUAGGUUCUACUAAUGGCUUGGUUUGUUUGGCUGUUGAGAAAUCAUUAGAAAAUCGAAAAUAUGAACUUUUUAUCAAGUUUUGGAACCCUAGUUUACGGUUAAGAUCCAAAAAGGCGCCGAGUUUGAAUAUUGGAUUGUAUGGCACGGCGCGGCUUGGAUUCGGCUAUGAUGAUUUGAAUGACACAUAUAAGGCGGUAGCUGUCUUUUGGGAUCACACAACACAUAAAAUGGAGGGGAGAGUUCAUUGUAUGGGUGAUAGUUGUUGGAGAAAGACUAUCGAUUGCCCUACUUUUCCAAUUCUACUACGAACUUCCAAUGGACCAUUCGUGAAUGGUAGUGUUAACUGGUUAGCACUUCACAACUUAAACAGUGAUGAUUAUAAAUGGGAAAAUAUUACUAUCCAACAAUUAGUGGUUUUUUCACUUGAUCUGCGGAAGGAGAAAUGUAAGUAUAUUUUGCUGCCUGAUGGUUUUGGUGAGGUGCCCCAAGAUGAACCAGCUCUUGCUGUUUUGAGGGGUCGCCUCUGCCUUUAUUAUGAUCACAUGAGAACACAUUUUGUUUUGUGGGAAAUGAGAGAGUAUGGAGUUCAAGAAUCUUGGACUCGGUUGGUGAAUGUCAGUUAUGUGCAUCUAAAAUUUUAUGAUAUUGUGCCUGAUUUUCUGCUGUUGCCUUUGUGUUUGUCCGAAAAUGGAGAUGUCCUGUUGCUUGCUAACAAAGAAGAACUUUUAGAUCUUGUUAUUAUGUAUAAUCGGAGAGAUGAUAUAGUUGAAUUUCUUCAAUUUCCUAACAACAAAAUUUGGGCGGCCGAUGAACAUAUGCAUAGCUUGGUUUUGCCUCAUUCUCAUCCACAUUAAGCUCCUCUACAUCAAUUGUUUGUUUUUAGAACUUUUGCUAAACUAUGAAAGUGGCGUGAUGGCUAUCGAUGGUUCCUUAAAUGUGUUUUCCUUAGCUAGUUUGACUAUUUUGUUGUAUGAUGAUGAACCUUCAAUGUGUUUUCCUUAGCUAGUUUGAGUAUUUUGUUGUAUGAUUUCAUCAGUACUUAUAACUAGUUGUUGGAUCAAAGUCUUUGGAUUGGAUGAUGAUAUUUUAAUUUUAUAUUAA